AUGUCUGAGGUACAAUCUAGACCCACCGCGCCUCGCGGUAGGGGCUCAGCUCGCGGUGGCCGAGGAGGUUAUUCUUCCAGAGGAGCUCGCGGCGGUAGAGGUCACGCAACCAAUGGCGACAAGGCAGAGAGCACAGCUAUAUCAAUCGCAGAUGGGGGCGAGGUCGGCCAGCUGAAGAAGCAAUACGGAUCCAAGGUCUCGACCAUCAAGGAGAUGUUCCCCGACUGGACAGACGAAGACGUCGUCUUUGCUCUACAAGAAACCAAUGGCGAUCUGGAGACUACGGUUGAUCACAUAACUGAUGGCACCAUCUCGCAAUGGGGAGAAGUAUCGAAGACCAAGAAAUCAAAGGUCAAGGACGCUACCGUCACAUCUUUCGGCGAUGCUACCAAUCAGCCUCGUGGUUCGCGCGGCGGUCGAGCUGGCUUUGAUACUGGCAGGGGCCGCGGUCGUGGCACAGAUCGAGGCAGAGGUGGAAGAGGGCGCGGAGCUUCUGUCGCACACACAAAUGGGUCACGCAAGGAGAAUGAAGUCAUCUCUAUCCCUACGACCGAGACAAGCGCAUGGGAUACUGCGGCCUCGAAUGAUGCGGCCCCAGUCUGGGACACUCCAGCUUCCACUGAGAAGCCCGCCGAGGAUAGCUGGGGUGCUGCUGCUACAGGUGCCGUCUCUUCAACUGCUACCGCUACUACAAAGGUCGCUUCGAGCAUCAUUCCUGAUGGUGUUAAGAAGAGCUGGGCAAGCAUUUUUGCUCCUGCGCCAGCUCCCAAGAAGGCAGCCGAACCCAUUGAGAAGUAUGGCAUAUCGCAAAUUUCUAAAGACAAACUUGCUAACGAUUAUCCCAGGCCUGCGGAACCUACAAAGUCGGAAGAACCUAUCGAACUUCCUACUACAGCAUCAGAAUCCCCCAUUGCCCAGCCUGCCCCUGUCGAACUCGCCAGUCCAUCCCCUGUUGAACCUACCACCGUCAUCGAACCCGAAAUUGCGAUCACUCCCUCGAAAGACGAACUCACGGAAGACAACCUCGAACAACUCCCAGAUAAUUCUGCUCCCGCCCCAUCUGCUACAGCUGCCAGUACUACUGCCAGCUCCUGGGACACUCGAAAUGUUUCCGGUACCCCAUACUCUGCAUUACAACAAGGACAAGCACAGGCGGUGCGCCCUGCUGCGACCGGGUUCCAAGCUUCUGCUUUGAAGGCGACUGGUACAUCUGCGCGAACCCCUAGUUACCAACGUCGUGUUCUUGAUCAAGAAGAGGCCGUCCGUAUGCCAGGAAACCGAGAGGUGGAUCGAGCUGCUGUUCAAUUUGGUGCCUUCAACUUGAAUGGUUCCGGAGAAGAGGAUGUUGAUGGCGAUCGCGAGGAGCCUGAGACCCGUGGGCAGCCACCCCAGCACUCUCCAGUUCCUCCCCGAGCCUCACUACCUCCUGCGUCUGUCUCAGAAACCUUCCCGACUCCCAAACAACCAGCAGGCCUGCCAGCAACAAGUCACCCGACUGGUGAGUAUUCCGACAAGAUGUUUGUGGAAUCACAUCCUGACACUAUCAAAGCUGCGCCUGGUCUCCCAAGCCCUCCAUCUGUCUCGAGCACUCUCGGCACAUCUCAACCCGGUCCUCAAGCCAACGCCCAAUUCAGUCAAUACAGUCGAUAUGCACAGGGUGCUCAGGAGUCAUCGUCAUUGCCGCAAAAGCCAUACGAUGCCUUCAGCCAACAGGCUCCAUCGACCCAAAGCCCCUUCGAAGGCUAUCCCACUCAACCAGGCCAGUCCCAAGCUCCUCCGUCUGGACAAUCCGGAGCUUUCUCUUCUGCACCAAAUGACUUCUCUUCCUACUACACUUCCGAUCCGCAACAGCGAAAUGCCUACCAGAACUACUACAAUCAACAGUACGGAUCUCAGGGGCAAGGUGCUCAAGGUCAGCAGGAAGGUCCAGCUUCGCAGCAGCGCUCAUUCAGUGGGUACAAUGGUCCUCAAUCAGAGGGGCCAUCUCAGUUCCCACAAAGCGGUACGCAGCAAGCUCCAUCUCGUUAUGCCACUGCUGGAGAGGGACAAAACAGCGGUCAUACCACUCCCAACCCAUCUGCUCAGCCGCAGCAACCAGGAGCUAGCCAAGGUGGUGCUCAACCUCAGCCCGGUCCACAACAACCAGCUUAUCCAUAUGGACAUCCAUACUUCUCCAGCCCAUAUUACGCUGCGUAUGUGAACCAGUCGUACCCAGGGUAUGGUGGGGGGAACUACCCAGCAGGACCUUAUGGUGCGAAGGGGGGUCUUCAGCAACCAUACCAGGGCUACGGUAUGAGUCCUGGUGCUCCUUAUGAUCAGCAUGCGUCUUCUCCCGCCGCUGGUGGAUUUGGUGGAGCAUCAUCAUUGCAUGGCCGUGACGGUGCUCUAGGCGGACUAGGAGACUACGGUCGUGCUGGAUCAGCACAAUCUGCUCAGACACCCCAAAGCCUAGGUGGCAGUGGUGCUUUCGGUGGACAUGAUGCAUUUGGCAGAGGAUCAUCUUAUCAAGGUCAAAGCCAGGGCCACUACAACCCCAACCAGAGCAGCCAGCAAGGUGGCGAUGACUUGAAGCCCUUUGGUGACUCCAAGACAGCCAAUGGCCCAAGCCCAUCGCUCUCCCAAGCCAACCGACCCGGAUCCGCAACAAACACGGCUCCAGGAUCCGUGCUUCCUCCCCCACAAUCCCAACAAGGGGGUUACGCGGGGUAUCCAGCGCACCUUCAGCAGCAGGGUGGCCAUGGACUUCAUGGUUCCCAAGCCGGUAGCCAAUACGGUGGUCUCGGCGGCGCUGGCGGUCACCAGGCAGGAGGCCAGAACAGCCAAUAUGGAGGCUACCAAGCUUUCGGCGGUGGCAACUACUAUGGUGGCAACACUGGACAGCAACAGCGCGGUGGAUGGGGCGGCAACUACGGACAUUAA